CUUAUGAUCAUUUUCUAAUUUGAUUUAAUUCAAUUUAUUUUGAUAUCCUUAUCCAGUGAACAUUUUUGUACUGGCUAGAGAUGAAGGAUAAACACUGUAUUCUACUUAUUCUUUAAGUUAAAUUAAUUUUUAUUUAGGCUAAAAUAAUGGGAUACACACCAAAGAGAAAACUAUUAAAAGAAGAUGCACUGCCUACAAUAUUUGAUGACAGCAAGCCCAAGAAAAUAAGGGAAAGUAGUUCAAAAAGAUAUGAGAAAAAGGAAAAGCAGGAGCUAAUCAAUCGUCUUCUAGAAAACACAUGUACAGAACCUUGUGACCAACCUGGACCAUCAACAUCUAAGGAAACGGAUGUACCAAUAAAUCAAAGAAAGAGAAAACUACCAGGAAAAAUAAAAUCCUCCAAAAAAUAA